AUGGCGGCCAGAACCAAGUCAGAUGAAGAAAAAAGAAGGAAAAACAGUCGUGCCAAAAAGGGUCAUGGUCAUGUGCAGCCAAUUCGCUGCACAAACUGUACCUGGUGUGUCCCCAAGGAUAAAGCCAUUGAGAAGUUUGUCAUUCAGAACAUAGUGGAGGCCGCCAGCAUCAGGGACAUUUCUGAAGCGAGUGUCUUUGAUGGUUAUGUGCUUUCCAAGCUGUAUGUGAAGCUGCAUUACUGUGUGAGUUGUGCCAUUCACAGUAAAGUGGUCAGAAAUCGAUCUCAUGAAGCCUGCAAGGACAGAAGUCCUCCACCCCGAUUUAGACCUGCUGGUGCUGCCCCAUGA